AUGUCUGAUACCUAUAGUGGCUGCUGUUACGAUGAUGUACCUCCGAAUCGCGUCGCACAGUGUGAAGAUGGGCAUCUCUUUUGUCUCGAAUGCUCGAGACGUGGAGCUGAGGCAGAGCUCGGAUAUAGGCGCACUGUUCUAAAGUGCAUGACAGACGGAUGUACUGCAGUGUUUACGGAUGCUGAGGCAGUCAAAUUCUUACCUAAGCCUGUACUGCAAGGCCUGUUUAGGGCACGGCAGCAAAAUGAACUGAAAAUGGCUGGACUCGACUCGUUAGUAGAGUGUCCUUUUUGCUCGUAUGCUGCCGUAGUGGAGAAUGAUCAGGAUAAGGAGUUUCGGUGCCAAGCACCACGCUGCCGGAAAGUGUCUUGCCGUCUUUGUAAAGCGCUAACGCAUAUUCCUCAGUCGUGUGAAGAAUACCGUCAGGAACUGGAGAAGAAUAAUGUCCUUUUAGUACAGCAUAAGGUUGAGGAACAAAUGUCUGAGGCGCUCAUCCGCGAGUGCCCACAGUGCAAGUCCAGAUUCUUCAAGACGGAAGGAUGCAACAAAAUGACAUGUCCUGAGUGCGGCACGAAAAUGUGCUACAUUUGCAAGAAGAAAAUCAGGGAUUACAGCCACUUUGAUCAGUCGCCUGCUAGCGAGCCAGCAUCGAGACCCACACGUAAGCAAGGCACAGGAAUACCAGUGUUGACAACUGGUGAAUACGUGCAUGCAUGUCUUUGGAUCGCCUUCGAACCAUCUAAACUAACAAACACCAUUGCUUCCCUGUGUAUUCAGUUUGUCGCCUCUGGGACAACACAGUUGAAAGGAAUACAAACGACGUCAAAGAAGCCGCGCAGAGGAUGUUGCAUGAGCUGCAAGCAGAAACCCCCGACUUGGCGGCUAAAGUUCGCCUAG